UUUGCAGGCAAUAAUAAAAAUGUCAAUACAUUUGUCUUAUGCACAUUAAAUUAAAAACAAAAUAACUAUUCCCGAAUUGUUAAUAGAUCAUUCAUCAUUUAUAUGAAACUACCCAUUUUAUGUACAGUUGAAAGAAGAAUUUAAUGGAAUUAUACGAGCUAUAUAUGCAUGUUUAUCAUGUUCAAGUCAAUGUGUUGCAAAAGGUGUGAACUCAAUAAGAAAUGUUAUUUAACCAAUAUUUUAAAUGUUAUAAAUUAUUCCGAAUUUUAUAUAUAUGUUAUAUUUGGUAUUUUUACUUGUCUGUUAUCAAUUUUUGUAUUCUUUGUGUAAUAUAUAUUUUAUCUCUGUUGCGUAUUAGAAGUUUUAACGUACUUCGCGAAAUCAAAGGUAGUUCGAUUCGUAAAAAAAAGAUGUGACCCGCAAAGUAAUUCUUAACGCGGUUCCCGCGCCACUUCCCGCACAUCCUCUAGUCAUUGGGGAUGCUCCCCUCUGCCGUGCUGACCGUUAACGAGCAAUCAAACCGCGUGCACGCGCGCGCUUGUAAGGUAUAAAAAUUAGUUACGUUAACAAUUUCUUGUUUCAUGCAAAAGUUUCGAACACUUGGGCACCAUACAUCAAAUUCGUUGUUUUUACAACGAAGGGUCACUUUUUUCAAUUUGAUCAGAGAAACUUUCACGAAUACUACUUCUUUUCUUCUAAGAUUAAGAAUUAAUCGUAAAAUUUUCUAAGGAAUUCAAAAAAUUUUUUCAGGUAUCUACUUAAUUUCAUAAAUCGAAGAGUGAUUUCUAUCUAUAGCAGAUGCUUUGGGAUUUGUGUGAGUUAAUGUCGAUCAUCCUGAUGAUCUAUAUUACGGAGUGUACCCAGAACGGAUGUAGCGAUAGAUCGGUGUCACGUGAACCCUCCGGAUAUACUAGCUUCCUAGUCUUGCUCACCUACUUUAUCGUACUCUUUCAUUUCGUCAGAAAGUACAGAAAUUUGCUUAUUUCAUAUACAAAAAAGACAGUUUCGAUAAUAAGGAUAAUAACGCGAAAAAUGAGAUAUUGUGAAGUGUUCAAAGUUGUACACUUGGAAACAUGAUUGACAAUAUUGUUUGUAUAGAACAGAUGAUCAAUUGAUGUUAUUUCAUGAAUAACAAAAAUCCUCAUAAAUAAUGUUUCUCUAUUUUAAGGCUCUUUUCUUCAAUUGACCAAAAAGGAACCCCCGUGGUUAAUAUCUAUGAUAGAACUUUCUAAUUACAUUCUUAGGAAACAUUUUUUCUGCCAUCCGUAUUGCAAUUUCAAGUACUUGAGAUUGGCGCGAUCGAAUAAUAGCGAUAGAAGGUUGUAACGAUAUUGCGAGCUAGAAUUGGAAAGUUAUCGAUACAUAGAAGAAAAUGGAUGGAUAUGUAGAUGUACAUAUCUAAACAUUGACAAUAAAGAGCACAGCAUCGUCGGGAUAGCCGUCAACUUGAUGAUGAUAUACUGUUGCGAUCUUGGUGACCCUCUUUCUCCUUGUUUUCCUCGUCCCCUCUUGCUUCGUGCGCGCGAGCAGGCACGAGUGAGCGCGCGCGGAUUAAACGCGUGACACCGAUGUAAACUGCAAGGGUGGACCGGGGGAAAAAAAGGAAAAGGGGGAUCCCCCGAUUUUGUACCCCUGAUAUUUCAGCUAGUUCGCCGUCGAAAGUGAACUCCUGAUUCCAGUUCUGAGCGGGCCGGCUAACCAUUCACAUCGUCCCUCAGAUAUAAAUUGUCUUUUAGACAUCGACAUCGAGACGAGACGAGCAAAAGUUGAGAGAAAAAAGGGAGAUCAAGGGAGGAAAAAACGAACAGUUGCAACAGUUCUCGUCGUUUAUGUACAUCAUACGUAGUAAUCGAUGAUCGUAACGUCGCUAGAACCGCCAGGAUCAAGAGAACCCGUUAGCUCUUGAUCGCCGAAUAUCACUUUACCGAAUCGAAGUUCCGUCGAAUCAAAGUGUUACAUCACUCUUUUUCUGCAUCGAGGACUUUGCUUGAAACACUGAGAAUGCCGCCCGUUCGACCCGAUCGAGCUGUUGCGUGAAAGAUUAAGAGUGUGCAGUGCAGUGCAUACGAUCUAAUUUGAUUCUUGAGAAAGUUCCGCUAAAUCGGCGUUUCUCUUUCGCGCGGUCCUUCCUUCAUUUCCGUUCUUCUCACGAACCACCGGAAAUUCACGAGGAGGAAGCACGGUGACCACGGAAGCGCAAUAAACGGCUGACACAGUGUCGUGAGAUCGAUAACUGGCUAAAGUUAGGCGCGUCAUUGACCGAGAAACGGAGAUCUGAUCGACGGAAGGAAAAGCCGCAAGUGGAGGUUGAAUUGGAAAAGCGAGAAACCAAUUAAUAAAACACUGUUAUGUCUUCGCGGUAGUUCCGCGGCCAAUAAAGGAAUACGCGAGAGAGGUCAUCGAAAACGAGGGAACUCUUUUACGGUCAGCGGAAUAAAUCGUUCAAAAUGACGGAAGCAUCGAGAGAACCGGAACUCGCGGAUCUUGAAAAUCCUGACAAAACUGCAUUGAACCUAGCAUCCGCAUCUAAUAAAACGAAGCCACUGCCAGAACGUGGUACAUGGAGUACCAAGCUAGAUUUCAUUUUGAGCGUGGUUGGUCUAGCAAUCGGUCUGGGAAAUGUCUGGAGAUUUCCAUAUCUCUGUUACAAGAACGGUGGCGGUGCAUUUUUAAUUCCGUAUUUUUUAACACUGGUUCUUGCUGGGAUUCCAAUGUUCUUUAUGGAACUAGCUCUCGGCCAGAUGCUUACCGUUGGUGGCCUCGGUGUCUUCAAAAUAGCGCCAUUGUUUAAGGGUAUCGGAUAUGCCGCCGCUGUCAUGUCCUGUUGGAUGAAUGUUUAUUACAUCGUCAUUCUUGCUUGGGCUAUCUUCUACUUUUUUAUGUCCAUGCGCAGUGAAUUACCAUGGGGAAGCUGUAAUAACUAUUGGAACACGAAGAAUUGCGUAAAUCCCUACGACAGAGAUUCGCUAAUAUGUUGGAAUCAAGUUACUAGACAUCAUAAUUACGUUAAAGUAUGUUCCGUCAACGACGUCAACAUGACAAUCACAGAGCUUACUGAUCCGGUCAAAGAAUUUUGGGAACGUCGAGCACUUCAGAUCAGUGAGGGCGUGGAACACGUCGGCAAUAUUCGUUGGGAACUAGCUGGUACCCUCCUUUUGGUUUGGAUUCUCUGUUAUUUUUGUAUUUGGAAAGGUGUUAAAUGGACUGGAAAGGUGGUAUACUUUACCUCCUUGUUCCCUUAUGUUUUGUUGACGAUCCUUCUGAUUCGUGGCAUUACUUUACCCGGAGCCAUGGAAGGCAUUCGAUUUUAUAUCAGUCCAAAUCUUUCCAAACUAAAAGAAUCCGAGGUAUGGAUAGAUGCUGUUACUCAAAUCUUCUUUUCAUACGGACUAGGUUUGGGUACAUUAGUGGCUCUUGGUAGUUACAAUAAAUUUACAAAUAACGUUUACAAAGACGCAUUGAUCGUUUGUUCGGUGAAUUCUUCGACGAGCAUGUUCGCCGGUUUUGUCAUAUUUUCCGUGGUAGGCUUCAUGGCCCACGAACAACAAAAACCUGUCGCAGAAGUCGCCGCUUCUGGUCCAGGAUUGGCUUUCUUAGCUUACCCUUCUGCGGUUCUUCAACUUCCUGGAGCGCCCCUUUGGUCUUGUCUCUUCUUCUUUAUGCUUCUUCUCAUAGGUUUAGAUUCUCAGUUUUGUACUAUGGAAGGGUUUAUUACUGCCAUGGUGGACGAAUGGCCGCAGUUGCUUCGCCGGCGUAAGGAACUAUUCAUUGCGAUAGUUUGCGUGCUUUCUUACAUUAUUGGAUUAUCUUGUAUUUCACAAGGUGGCAUGUACGUCUUUCAAAUCUUGGAUUCAUACGCAGUGUCUGGGUUCUGUCUUCUCUUCCUAAUUUUUUUCGAGUGUAUCUCGAUAAGUUGGGCUUUUGGUGUAAAUCGGUUUUACGAUGCUAUAAGAGAUAUGAUAGGAUAUUACCCUCUAAUGUGGUGGAAGCUAUGUUGGACUAUUACCACCCCGAUGAUUUGUGUCGGCGUCUUCAUUUUCAAUCUCGUACAAUGGACACCUGUAAAAUAUUUAGACUAUGAAUAUCCAUGGUGGUCGCACGUGCUUGGCUGGAUGACGGCUUUAUCUUCGAUGCUUUGUAUACCUGGUUACAUGAUUUAUGCCUGGAAGACAACACCAGGAGAUACGUCUACAAAAUACAAGUUGUUAGUACGGAUAGAGGAUGACGUAACAGGUCUACGAAUGAAAAUGGGUCAGCCAUCGGUCGAACUGACACCACUUUAACUGCCACGGAUUCAUUUUGAUCCUAAAAAGGAUUCAUUAUUUUAAUCUUUAAUACCUUCUGACUACCAUUAAUUUAACGAAUUAACUAUUUAAUGACAACAUUUGACAUCAUUAUUUUCGUGUAAUUUUUUUAUAAAAUUACUUUCUUCGUUCGUUCGAAAAAAAAACUUUUGCUGUGUUCCUGUUUACCAAAGAAAUUCAUGUUAUUUAAAUGAACAUUUUUUAUCGUCUAGAUAAUAAUAUAUUAGAUUCUUAUCAGAAGGAACUAAAGUGUUCAGAAUUGUAUCUAGUUUUAGCUUAAGUAUAUUAUAGAGUAAUUUAAAGCACAUGAAAUUUUUGGCAUACAUGAAUAGUUCACAAGAGAAAUGCAUUUAGAAAAUAAUCUCCCGAUGUUGUUUAUAAGAUGGAUUCUAAAAUUAAAAAUUUCAAGUACUUGAUAAGUGUUUUAAAUUCCGAAACUAUUCGUGUAAGUCUGAUUACAAAUUUAGCAGCUAUAACUUAUUUUAGCAAUAUCGGACAUGUACCAUAAAUCAAAAAUUACUGCACAUUUUGAAUGUAACUAUAUAGUACACAUAUCUACGCUGCCAUAAUUAUUAUAUUUUGCUGCUCAAUUGAUCGCUAAGCCGAAAUGUUUUUUGUUUAUAUAAAAGAUAUAUCGAUUUACGCGUGAUUUUGCAGAAAAUGUAUGUGCAAAUUUUAUUCUUAAUAAAAAUUGUAGAUUUGCAUAGAAAA